AUGAUCAGGGGAGGAUCGAUGGGACGGUGGUUCACGAGACGUUGUUUGCUUUCAGAUCUGUACAUGCUGGACUCGCUGAUGAACCUGGUGACGCCCGGCGUCGAGAUCGGCAAGGACCCUAUCGGCGGCCACGCGCUGCCGCCCCCGCCGAAAGUGCUCUAUUAUUGUCCGAAGUGUUUGCACGGGUUCACCUUGAAGAGCAACAGGAACCGUCACUACAAGUACGAGUGCGGGCACGAGCCGCGAUUCAAGUGCCCGUACUGCGAGCUGAGGAGCAAGCAGACCUCGCAGAUCUACUCGCACAUUCGCAAGAAACACCCGGAGGAGAGGGUGUUCGUGGUCGACUUGAAAGUUUGAGGCUCUCUCUCGCUCUCUCGCUCUCUCUGGGGAAGCCGGGAGCUGGCCCCCGAGCGUAUCUUGUUUUUCUUGUGUCCCGACGGUCGUGAGCGUCGACAGCGCCUUUCCGCCGACGGGAAUCACGGUCCACGUACUCUACACGCUUUGUCGCUACCACGCACUGUAUCCAACCAUCCGAAACAAUAAACGUCUCGUUUCUGUCACGACAA